CAAUGGCUAUGCCCGACAAAAUACGAAGGAAGUACUCCAGAAAUAUGCCGGCCGCUAGAAUGAGACUAAAUCUGGUGAUCAGGGCCACAGGCUAGAUAUACAUCUUCGUGUGAUCUGCCUGGGGAAAUGAGCAUGACGGAUUCGCCUGUUGCUCGUGCCUGGAAACGUUUAGGAGAUGGUAUUGGGGCCGACUAGGUUUGAGUAACAUAAUAUUGACCGAUGGAAAAUAAACUUAUCAAAAAUGCCUAGGUGUUCAUGAGAUUCGCUUGAAACUCUUGGCCAAGCUUUGGGAAUAGCGUAUGAAGAGCUUGGGCCACGGCGGUGAUGUAAUGGCGUCAGCAGAGUGAGAUGCAAUUCAGGUCAUAUUGGAGUGGAUAUAAAGAUAAAAAUAGUGCCUUUAAUCUUAUUACCUACUUAGGUAUUUAGACAGCGUCGUUGUUCUGUCCCGCUACCGAAGAUAGUAUCAUAAUGCGAACUCGCCACUAGACGCGCAUUAGUGUUCUCAAUAUAAUUGUCGGCCAUCGCAGUUGAAAAAUCCAAGCUUUGACAUCGCAUUGACCCUAAUUCUUUGGCCAUACGACAAUUCGAAGAACAACAAUGUCGGCCGAGCUCAUAAGUAACAUCAUCUCCCAGGGGCAGCGUCUUGCCACGCAUAGCUGGGAGUAUGGUACAUUCGCCGAGGCGUUGUUGGAAUGGUAUAACCCGAGCUCUUCGGUAUUCGGCAAUAACACAUUUCCGGAUGGAAAGAUACCUGUUCUACAGGUAGACUCGACCCAGUCGCUGUCGUAUGUCAAGCCGCACAUUUCGACUGACUCCGACACUCUAGUCGAUGGGGAUGGUGCUGCUGGUGACCCAGCUUCUCUUGGUGUCUCCGCCAUCUUGAUUGGCCAAACCGAAUCGGACUUCUUAUCGGCAGCAGACCGUCAAGUACAACAUCUUCUUAACUCGGUCCCUCGAUGGUCUAACGGUGCUAUCAGCCAUAGAGAGUCGGUCGCCGAGCUAUGGGCUGACUUCAUCUAUAUGGCGCCGCCAACUCUGGCGUAUUGGGCUAUCCAGUCGGAUGAUGAAGGUCUAUUGAACACUGCCAUCCAGCAGUGCAGUUUAUAUCAGCAAGUCCUAGGCGUUCCCUCGGAUGCUCAAAGCGCGGCCGGCCUUUGGCAUCAUAUUGUCGGCCCACAAUCGCAGGACUUGGGUAUCUGGAGCACUGGAAAUGGAUGGGCAGCUGCUGGGAUGAGCCGCGUGCUAGCGACAGCAAAGAAGUCGAGAUUUGCGGGUAAUGGGGGAACAAGCGGCGCGAUAACACAACUCAAGAACAUUAUCCGCUCUAUACUGGAUGGUGCAAUCGCCCGCGAUAACGCCGAACCCAACGAGCCGCUGCUGCGCAACUAUCUCAACGAUACCACGUGGUUCGCCGAGCUGUCUGGCACGACCCUCUUAACGGCGACCGCGUACCGCAUGGCGCAACUCGAGCCCGCUGAUUUCGGCAACAACUACAUCUCGUGGGCCGACAGCAAGAGACAAGCUAUCACGGACAAGAUAAGCAGCGACGGUUUGCUGUCUCCCGUUAUCAACCCCUUGAACUGGAAAGAUAAGACACCUGCUACCGAGUCUCCUGAAGCCCAAAGCUUUGCUGUUCUGAUGUUCGCCGCGCACCGGGACUUUACUUCGGGUCAUUAA